GUCUUUGUACUGCCGCUGCAGCCGUAGAGCCUCAGCAUGAAACACAUAGUCUUAUACUGCCUACAGCCGCAAUGCCUAAAUAUCAAAAUACAUCAAAAAUAUCAAAAUACAUGGUCCUUGCACUGAUUGUAGUCACCGAAUCUAGAAGGUAG